AUUUUGCCAGACAACGCCCUAUUUACACUACUCUAUAGAAUCAAAUCGAGUCUUUUCCCCUUUUCUGCAAAACCCUAACCGCUUAUAAAACCCUAGCUGGAGCCUUGCCAUUGGUGAAUACGGGCCAGAGCUUUCCGAUCAAAGCCGUCUGUAAAACUUCCCUCUGGUCCUGUAAUACUCCGAUUCUUUGCACGUUCAGCUGAUUGUCUUAUCGUCAUGGCAACUAGACUUCAAUUUGAGAACUCGUGUGAAAUUGGGGUAUUCUCAAAGCUGACCAAUGCCUACUGUCUGGUUGCCAUUGGGGGUUCGGAAAGUUUCUACAGCACGUUUGAGUCCGAGUUAGCAGAUGUUAUUCCUGUGGUUAAAACCUCAAUUGGCGGUACUCGAAUUAUUGGACGACUUUGUGCUGGAAACAAAAAUGGGCUUCUCUUGCCUCACACCACCACUGAUCAAGAACUUCAACACCUGAGAAACAGCUUGCCAGAUCAAGUUGUUGUUCAGCGCAUUGAUGAGAGGCUAUCUGCUCUUGGGAAUUGCAUUGCAUGCAAUGAUUAUGUUGCUCUAACACACACUGAUCUUGACAGGGAAACCGAGGAAAUGAUUGCUGAUGUUCUUGGGGUAGAGGUUUUCAGGCAAACAAUUGCUGGUAAUAUUCUUGUGGGCAGCUACUGCUCCAUCUCCAAUAAAGGUGGUCUGGUCCAUCCUCAUACGUCCAUUGAAGAUUUGGACGAGCUUUCAACCCUCCUUCAGGUUCCUCUGGUGGCGGGAACUGUGAACCGUGGUAGCGAAGUAAUAGCUGCCGGCUUGACAGUAAAUGACUGGACAGCAUUCUGUGGAUCAGACACCACAGCAACAGAGUUGUCUGUUAUUGAGAGCGUCUUCAAGUUGAGAGAAGCCCAACCCAGUGCCAUUGUUGAUGAGAUGAGGAAAUCGUUGAUCGACAGCUAUGUUUGAACCAGUCGGCUGUUCUUGGGCAUUUAGUUCCCUGUCUCAACCGCAUUGCCCUUGUUUCUCUUAGUCGAAAACACUUGCUCUUAUAUUUGAUGUUUUUAAAAAAAAAUAAAAAAAUUGUUCUGUUUUUGUUGAUACCUAUUUAUUUGUUAAGAAUCAUCUGUACCUGAUGGGGUUGUCUGUUCUGAAUUGCGCAUACCUGAAAAUGUGUAUUCGUUUUUACCUUUCUAUGUACCAGAUAGAUGUCAUAAUUGUGAGUUGUUUUAUUUCGAAA